CAGCGCCUCUAGGCUGCGGAUUCGCGCUGCAACCACCUGCUCAGCGCUGCGUCCAGGGAAGCGGGGAGGAGACUGGAGGGAGGGAGGAGGCGGGAGGGAGGAGGAAAGAGGCAGCCUACACACGCCUUCCAGUCCCUCCACUCAGAGCAGCCCGGAGACCGCUGCCGCCGCUAUCGCUGCUACUACCGCUGCCACCUGAGGAGACCCGCCGCCCGCCUGUCGCACCCCUGGCGAUUCCUUGCUAGCACCGGGCUUUUAAUGCACACUGCCACUACCAUUAUUAUUAUUUCAAGACAAGGAAAAUAAAAGAAGAUAACAGCCAAAAAGAGCCACGUACACCUUCCUGAAUUACUCAAGUGUCUCCUGGAAAGAGGGUCUACAGUCCCCGGAGGAGCAGCCAAGGGGACUGAGGGUGGGUGUUGAGGGGGAGGGAAGAGGAGUUGGGGACAUUGCCUGGUGUAAAGUUGCGUGCGGCAGAGACCCGAAGGUGCAGCGCCACAGCCCAGGGGACGGUGUGUCUGGGAGAAGGCGCUGCCCCCUGCGUCGGGACCCGCCAGCGCGCGGGCACCGCGGGGCGCAGGACUACGCCCCCUGCUGCGGCGUGGACUCUUGUCAGUGGACCACGAGAAGGAGGAGGAAUAUGGAAUCCAAAACGGCCCCCUCCUGCCGUCUGCUCUUCUGCCUCUUGAUCUCCGCCGCUGUCCUCAGGCCAGGCCUCGGAUUAUACACUGUAAAUUCAGCAUAUGGAGAUACCAUUACUAUGCCUUGCCGACUCGAUGUACCUCAGAAUCUCAUGUUUGGCAAAUGGAAAUAUGUAAGUUUGACCUACCUUGGACUUGAUCCUACGGAGCAGGUGACAAUACAAGUGCUGCCACCAAAAAAUGCCAUCAAAGAAGGGGACAACAUCACUCUUAAAUGCAUAGGAAAUGGCAAUCCUCCUCCUGAGGAGUUUUUGUUUUACUUACCACUGAAAGAAAUGAUAUGCAUAGAGGACACUUUGGAAAAUUCUUUUGGGAUGUGUCCUGGAUGUCAUAGUGAUAUGCGACCAAAGUCGGAGCGAGAUUUGGAUUUGUCCUUAAACCCGAGUGGGGAAGUUACCAAGCAGAUUGGUGAUGCCCUGCCUGUGUCAUGUACGAUAUCUGCCAGUAGGAACGCAACGGUGGUGUGGAUGAAAGAUAACAUCAGGCUUCGAUCUAGCCCAUCAUUUUCUAGUCUUCAUUAUCAGGAUGCUGGAAACUACGUCUGUGAAACUGCUCUGCAAGAGGUUGAAGGACUAAAGAAAAGCGAGUCAUUGACUCUUAUUGUAGAAGGAAAACCUCAAAUAAAAAUGACAAAGAAAACUGAUCCCAGUGGACUGUCUAAAACAAUAAUCUGCCACGUGGAAGGUUUUCCGAAACCAGCUAUACAGUGGACAAUCACUGGCAGUGGAAGCGUCAUAAACCAAACAGAGGAAUCUCCUUAUAUCAAUGGCAGGUAUUAUAGUAAAAUUAUCAUUUCCCCUGAAGAGAAUGUUACAUUAACUUGCACAGCAGAAAACCAGCUGGAGAGAACAGUAAACUCCUUGAAUGUCUCUGCUAUAAGUAUUCCAGAACACGAUGAGGCAGACGAGAUAAGUGAUGAAAACAAAGAAAAAGUGAAUGACCAGGCAAAACUAAUCGUGGGAAUCGUUGUUGGUCUCCUUCUUGCUGCCCUUGUUGCUGGUGUUGUCUACUGGCUGUACAUAAAGAAGUCCAAAACUGCAUCAAAACAUGUAAACAAAGACCUUGGUAACAUGGAGGAAAACAAAAAGUUAGAAGAAAACAAUCACAAAACUGAAGCCUAAAAGAGAAACUGUUCUAGUUGUUCAGAGAAAAAACCAUAUAGACCAAUUGAAGCAUGAACGUGGAUUGUAUUUAAGACAUAAACAAAGACAUUGACAGCAAUUCGUGGUUCAAAUAUUAAGCAGUUCAUUCUACCAAGCUGUCACAGGAUUUUAGAGAAUUAUCUCAAGUUUAACAAUGAAAUGAAAUUACAAACAAUAACAAGUUUUGGCAGCCAUGAUAAUAGGUCAUAUGUUGUGUUUGGUUCGAUUUUUUUUUUCUGUAAAUGUCUGCACUGAGGAUUUCUUUUUGAUUUGCCUUUUAUGUAAAUUUUUUACGUAGCUAUUUUUAUACACUGUAAGCUUUGUUCUGGGAGUUGCUGUUAAUCAGAUGUAUGAUGUAAUGUUUUUAUUUCAAUUGUUUAUAUGGAUAAUCUGAGCAGGUACAUUUCUGAUUCUGAUUGCUAUCGGUAAUGCCCCAAACUUUCUCACAAGCACCUAAAACCCAAAGGUGGCAGCUUGUGAAGAUUGGGGACACACACAUUGCCCUAUUCAAAAAUUGUGAUUUUUAUCACAAGGGAGGGGGAGGUAGAGAGUCAGAGUGGUAGGCACUGUAUGAUCUUAUUCCGUGUACGUGCCGUCAGCUGACUCUCGGAAGUAAAUCACAGACACAUAUGGACACACAUCCAUAACGGUACUCCCAAACUGACAAUUUUCCCUAUUCUGAAAAAGACAUAAAACAGAAUUUGGGUAGUAUUUACUUUUAGAGACACCUGCUAGUCAAUUAUUUUUUGUCAAAAGAAACAAAAAAACAGUGUGUGAGAUACGGUUUGGAAAAAUCAUGGGUGACAUUCCCAUUUUCAUAGAUCACUAUGUAAAUCACCGUAAUUAAAAAUUGGUGUUAAAUCCUUUGGGUUAUCCACUGCCUUAAAAUUAUACCUAUUUCCUUUUAAAAAAGAUAUCAAUCAGAAUUGGAGUUUUUAACAGUGGUCAUUAUCAAAGCUGUGUUAUUUUCCACAGAAUAUAGAAUAUAUAUUUUUUUCGUGUGUGUUUUUGUUAACUACGCUACAGAUAUUGAAUGCACCUUGAGAUAAUUUAGUGUUUUUAACUGAUACAUAAUUUAUCAAGCAGUACAUGAAAGUGUAAUAAUAAAAUGUCUAUGUAUCUUUAGUUACAUUCAAAUUUGUAACUUUAUAAACAUGUUUUAUGCCUGAGGAAAUUUUUAGGGUGGUAGUAUAAAUGGAAACUUUUUGAAGUAGGCUGGAUAUGGGCCAAUAGGUACUUCUGACUAGACUUUUAAACUUUGCUCUUUCAUGCAGAAGCCUGGUUUCUGGGAGAACACUGCACAGCCAUUUCUGUUCCAGGAUAUAUGUAACUAUAAAGAAAAAAAUUAACAUCAGAUUUCUAAGGCAUAGAACUAUGUUCUAUGAGAGGAAAAGGAAAAUUGGUGUUUGUUUUUUAGACUCAUGAAAUAAAAAAUUAUGAAGGUAAUGAAAAUAAAUUGAAGAUUAAAGUCAGAUAGAGAUUAUGAAUAAUAUUUUGCCACUUCUGCAUUAUUUAGAAGCAUAUGUUAUUGUACAUUUGUAAACCAUUUACUGUCUGGGCAAUAGUGACUCAGUUUAAUAAAAAGCUUCCUGUAGUGCAUUGGUAUGGAUUGAAUAUAUAAAAUAUUCUUAGACUCAAUGCUGUAUAAAAUAUUAUGGG